AGUUGUAUAACGCAUUUUGUUUCAUCUUAGAUCUGAAUAAUAAUUGCUAAGCGUCGUGAUACUAAUUAUUUUCUUUAAAUAAGGUGCUAGCGGAGAGAGGGAACGAUUCGAAGCAAUUUCUGAUGCAUUGCAAAAUGUGGAAUCACUCCACGGCUGCAUAAGAUCGGAGUGUCGAUCGUCUGUGAAGUGUUGAAUAUGUUUUGAAUCGAGAUUAAUUAAAGUAGUAGAUUCGAUUGAUAACAAAAGAAGUUAAUUAGUGUGCAUGUUUAACGGGCGGUCUCACGAGCCCACAGUCUGCCCGACACGAGUGAUCCCGGCACAAGCAUCCACAAGCUUCCGCCGUCCUUCGGAGGACAUGUAAACAACACUUUGCUGUUGAAAAGUUUAACUUGUGAAAUGGCGUUCAAAAGUAUAUCCAGAGGACAUUUAGGGGGUCACCUUGUGUGUUUCUGGAUUCUUAUCAUAGUGACGUCGGUUUCGUCGAAUACCAUUCAGCCUAAUAUAACGUUGUUUGAUGAACCAGUGGGAAAUGCUACGGACACGGAAAAAUUUCAUUGGCAAGACUACACGGUCCUUGCGUCUAUGCUUCUAAUUUCUUGCGGAAUUGGAGUGUUCUACGGCUACUUCUCCGGAGAAAAAGCUACGACGGGAGAUGAUUUCCUUUUAGGAGGUUCUUCAAUGGGCACUUUUCCAAUGGCCUUGAGUUUGGGAGCAAGUUUUAUAACCGCAAUAGAACUAUUGGGAAACCCGGCAGAGAUGUACAUAGCCGGCGCACAGUUUUGGAUGAUUUGUUUGGCUUUUCUAUUUAUAAUCCCGGUGACGAGUCAUCUGUAUCUGCCGGUGUUCAUGAGAUUGCGGCUUACAUCUUGCUACGAGUACUUGGAAGUGCGUUUCUGCAAAGGCAUCCGAGUGUAUGCGAGCGGGCUUUACAUGCUGCAAAUGAUUUUAUACACGGCAGUAGCUGUGUACGCGCCAGCGCUGGCCUUAUCUGAUGUGACAGGACUGAACACAUACUUGGCCGUUUCAGUUGUUUACGUCGUGUGCAUAUUUUACGCAUCACAGGGUGGUAUGAAGGCCGUUAUUAUGACGGACACAUUCCAGACCGCAGUUCUGCUGGGCUCGUUGGCAGCAAUUUUAGCUUUAGGUAGCGUUAAAGAAGGAGGCUUCGAUGGCAUAUGGAGUUACGCAGGCCGUACAGACAGAAUGCAUUUUUUCGACAUGAACCCUGACCCCACAGUCCGGCACUCAUUCUGGUCGGUGGUGGUAGGCGGGACCAUAUACUGGAUCAGCAUGUUCUGCGCGAACCAGGCGUCCGUGCAAAAAUAUCUGUCCGUGGAAAAGAUAUCGCAGGCUCGAGUUGCUCUGUGGGUGUCCGCUCUUGGACUCAUUGCGGUUUACUCCGUGAACUUCGCUACAGGGGCACUGCUGGCCGCUCACUACGCCGGCUGCGACCCGAUACAGGCAGGUCUCGUGAACGGAUCCGAUCGUCUCCUUCCCCUGUACGUGAUCAGCCAGCUCGGCGAGGCUCGAGGAAUGCCAGGCUUCUUCGUAGCUGGCAUAUUUGCAGCGAGUCUUGGUACAGUGGCAUCGGCCCUAAACUCCUUAGCAGCCAUCGCGUGUCAAGAUUUGGCUAAAGGACUCCUUGGUAUAACACUACCUGAAGAUAAGGGAGCUGCAAUAGCCAGAUGGGUGUGUCUGGCUUGCGGUGCCUUGUCCUUCGCUCUCGUCUUCAUUGUGGAGAGGCUCGGUCCUGUUCUGCAACUGGCCCUGUCCUUCAACGGGAUGGCUGGCGGCAUCUCACUGGGACUGUUCAGUCUUGGAAUGCUCUUCCCCUGGGCUAAUGCAAAGGGUGCAGUCGCCGGUGGCAUCUGUGGGUUGCUGGUGGUGGUGAUAGUGGGUGGUGGAGCUCAGAUUGUACAGAUACCGCUGACCACGCUACCGACCUCUAUUGAAAACUGCACAGAAACUUUCAAUCUCACCACGCCGAUAGUUCUUAAUGCGAAUGACAACGACUCUCAAUCCGUGUUUUGGCUAUUCCGCGUGUCGUACCUGUGGUAUACCAGCAUCGGUUGCCUGGCGACGCUACUGAUAGGGCUGAUAGUGUCCGUCUUCACCGGGGUCACUGACCCGUCGGACGUCCCCAUCGACCUGAUAUCUCCGCCCGUCAUCAGACUACUCAACUCAUUGCCGAACAAGUUGAAGAAAGCCUUGAGAAUCCCGACGCGCAUGGGGUUGGAGCGACGAAGGAGUUCGAGCGUCCGACCGCCGAGCAUGAGCGACGACAAGGACACGCGACGACGGCGACGGCUGUCCGAGAUGGCGGGGGGCGUGUUCUACAGCGACGCCCCGCCCCUCACGCGGGGCCACGACAACCUGGCCCUGGGCCUGGACUCGGAGAAACCGCCCCCGCAGGACAGCCGCGCCAGCAGCGUCAGACUCCACUCGCCGCCUAACACACCACAGACUUCUACGUGUUGAGUUAUACUGACCAAUUUUACACUAAUUGACAAUGUGAUUUGUUACUUAUAAUUUCACUACAUUAAGGUACUUACUUAUAAAUUAAGAAUGUAUCCAACUUCAAUGAAAAUAUUUAGUGUUGACAAACAUAAUUGUACCUGAAUCUUGAACUCCUGACGCUUACUUGCAAUAUGCUAAUGGUUUAUUUAUAUUCAUAGUAAAAAAUAUUAACCAAUAACAAUUUCCAUUUCGUUUAAGCUGUGCUUAACUAUUGUUUGUGUGAAUUGUAUUAACAAUAUCCUUGAUGCCUUGUUCAAUAUAAUUUUGUGUUUGAACCAGAGACCAGCCAUGUUUGAACCAAUAUUAAGUAACAUUCCUAAAAAAUGUGUUAAGAUUCAUGUGUGUAUUUAUUAAAUGCUUAGAUAUU